CCAACCUCUACCUAUAAUAAAAAAGCAACGGUUAAAAAACAUUAGGCAAUGUCGAAUGAAACGCGCCGCAUCAUCUUUAAAAUUCGAUUCCUUAAUCCUUAUUGGAAACUAGAAUAGUGUAGAUUGAAGAAUAUCCACCAUAAAAUCUCUGAAAACGAUUUGCUCUCAUUUCUCCGCAGAAAUAUAUAGAGCAAUUGAGCAGUUAACAGUUACUUCAUCCAUAUCAAGAACAUUCUGUUUCUUGGGUUUCUCUUUCUGGUAAUCAUUCUUGGCAAUUGAUUUUCUAAUGAAGAUUUUCUGGUUCUUGUUUGUACUUCAAUCUCAGGUUGAGGAAGUUUUUCACCUUGUAGUUAGCUCAUCCUUCUUUUCACGAUGAGCUUCGAGUUACCUGAUCACAUCCCCUGGUUGACAUUCCACAAAAACAAGGCAAUGGAGCAAACAUCAAAGGCUCCGGUUGUAGCUACGACAUCCACUAAAAAAGGGCCUUCCUUUGACUUCAAUUUCAUUGGAUGGUCACUUUUCCAGAUCAUCCCUUGGGCUGUCAAUCUGAAAGAUAAAUUUCAGAUGCCAACCACUAUAAAUAAAGGACUAACUAGACGAGCAAGAUCUCGAUCAAGUGACGUGUCAAAUGCUUAUCGAACCCCCACAUUACGGUUCAGACCUUAUGUGUCUAAGGUUCCUUGGCAUACGGGUGUUCGUGCUUUUUUGUCUCAGUUCUUUCCAAGGUAUGGUCAUUACUGUGGACCUAAUUGGUCGAGUGGAAAGGACGGAGGCUCUCUUGUCUGGGACAAACGCCCUAUAGAUUGGUUGGACUAUUGCUGCUAUUGUCAUGAUAUGGGUUAUGACACUCAUGACCAGGCGAAGCUGUUGGAGGCGGAUCUAGCUUUUCUCGAGUGCUUAGAGAAGACUCAUGUACAAACCAAAGGGGAUAAACAUGUCGCUCAUGUGUACAGGACAGUGUGCGUUCAAGGUCUAAGGAACAUACUCAUACCUUACAGAACACAUCUCGUGAAGUUGGGAACCGGACAACCUGUUCUUCAGUUUGGAUGGCUAGGCAACAUUGGAUGGAAAGGAUGGAAUUGGCGGGCAAAUUAAAUACGAAGAUGGAUCGAUCAUUCAUUCACACCCUAUCAAGUAUAUAUUUUGAUUACAUUCUUCCGUCAAGUUCUGUGAAUGAAUGUUCAAGAGGAUUCAGCCAGUCGCGAGUUGUGACUAGAGUAUGAUAGCUUUGUACAUCUGAAAGGUGGAUGUUGCAUCAUUCAUCGAAACUAAUCUACUUAUGCAUUCCCUGCACUGUAAGUAUGUAAAUAUACUAUCAGUAGUAAGUAGUAUCCAAUUACUAAGUUUUCAUGUUCA